AUGGGUCCUUUACCCGGAGGAAACAACCCUUCUAUGGCUGUGAGUCGAAAGAGGGUUAUUAAGGAAACCCCUGCACAGAAAAGCGCUGGAGCCUCGAAAAGCACCAAGACAAGUGGGAGUGAUUCUAUCACUACUGGAAAAAAACCCACGAGUUCGAAGCCUCCGACACCUUCAAAGCGGAAAGUUUCUCCCACUAAUGCUUCAGAUGAUGAAGAUAGAUCCCCUUCUCGUACCAGACAAGCAGCGAAGAAAAGACAAAAGGCUACCGUUCCUUUAACUAAAGAAAAGGGAUCUGGGACUUCGAAGCUUGCUUCCUCGAGUGAUAAGGUAUCUUCUGAAGAAUCUCCUGUGAAGGUUACUAGCAUUAUCCCAGUUGUGGAGAGCCAUAACUCGAGCCCAGAUAAUAUCCCAACCAAGGAUGACGUGGGCACAACCACUUCUGAUCUCAACACCUCAAAUCUCAAUAUUGAUCUUGAUAAUCUUCAAGGUAUUCCUCGACGUAAAUCUCCUGCUCUUUCUACAGUUCUCGAAGAUGUUCAUCCUAUUGCAACUAUCGUUCCAACUGUGCAUACUGAAGAAAGUCAUUCAAAUGAUGCUUCUCCACCUACCCAUCAAGACAAAGACAUGGAAGAAAAUCCCCAAUGUUCUAACAGUGGCAAUGUAGUUGAGCAGCCAACUGGAAGCGAAGAUACUAUCUCUGAGCAUGAGGCUGCGGAUGAGGCCUCCAAUUUUCCUGUGCCAGAUAAGAAUGAAACUUUGACCUUCGGGACUACAGUUAGUCCUAUGGCUACUUUGAAGCAGACCUCUGCAGUGCUUACUCCCAUAGAACUAGAGCAACUCAAGAACACUGAUCCUGUAAGCUUCCUCAAGACUAUGAUGAAUGCUGAUAAUGUUUCUCCUAUCAGGCUUGAAACUUCUUCGAAUGUCUUGGUGGAAGGUGAUAAGAAGGAUGAUAUUCCAGACCUCCUUCAUCAAAUAAAGGAAAAGUUCUUUGAAACCAACCUCGUCGAAGGUCUGAGCAAGGAUCCCACCAGCUGUUUUGGUUUGAGCAAUCUUUUGAAGAAGGUGGAUUUACUCUUGGUCUCAGAGGAAGUCUCACAAGUAAUCGUCUCGCUGAGUUUGCUGAUUGAACAACUUCAAGCUGAAAUUCUUCGAAAGCGAAACAUUGAUGAACAACUCAAAGCAAAAGUGACUUCUCAUAGUUCUUCGUGGAAAGCUGCUGGUGAUGCAACAAAAAAGGCUGAUGCCCUUAAGCUUGAGCGUUCAAAACGCCAAAAAGAAUAUGAGACUUGUAGACCAAAUAUUGAAUCCUGGGAACAAGAAAUUAAACGCCUCGAAGAGCAGAUAAAAACUGUCAGGUCUCACCAGGAGGAAAUCAAACAAUCCCAACAGGAAGAAUUGACUGAAGUGGCGCAGUUGGGGAUUCGACACCUCGAGACGGCGCAGAGAUUAGUGCCAGAAAUCGAAGAGCUGAAAAAACAACAGGCAUUAAUCGAACGUCGUCUGUCUCUAUGGGAAUCCCAAUACUCCAAGAUGAAAGAUAAUCUUCCUAGGGACUUUGAUUAA